AUGCGUACUACGCGUAAAAUCACAAAAGACCUUUGGCGGAUUAUACUAGAUAGAAAUACUUGGAACAUAGAAGAGGAAGAAGGGAAUGACUUGGGUUCACCUCUCAUUCCUCAAAAAAAAAAAACUAAUUCUACCUUAGAUUUAUAG